CCACCCAGGUUCCCAUCUUCGGUAGUUCGAUCGAUAAGCAGUUACCAAGCGAAGUUUAGUACUUUUUUCAGUUGGCUCGCAGGCGCGCGCUUUCGUUCACAAACACUGACCCACAUGCCGUUUUUCAUUUUCUUCUGAUCCGCAGCUUCUACUGAAUGCUGCCAUACCACUAUGGCAAAUCCGGUCCCAGAAAUUCAAUCGCUUCUCUCUCCCACUAUUCUUUUCUAUGGCGAACCCUAAGGUUUCCCGUUUGAUUUUUGCGUACCCGCAUACGUACAGUAGCUAGUUUCGCAAUUGCAUCGUUUGUGUGCGAUUGUAAAUCUUGAACUUGAGCUCUGUCUGGGUUAUCUGGCGAUGGCUGAGGAGAGGGAUGCUGAGAGAGGUGAAAUCAGUGGUGGAUUUUCGAUGGACUCCACCGAAUCCAGGUGGGUUUUCCAGGAGGACGAGGAUGAUUCGGAGAUAGAGGAAGAUGAUGCAGAUUCGCGGCAUCAGUACGUGUUAGAUUCGGAGGAUGAGGAAAAUGGCGAGCAAAGGCUAAUUCGUACGGGCCCGCGAAUCGACUCAUUCGAUGUUGAAGCUCUUGAGGUUCCUGGUGCCCAGAGAAAUGACUAUGAGGUGGAUAUCAGUGUGGGAAGGAGAAUAGUAUUAGCUUUUCAGACCCUUGGUGUUGUCUUUGGUGAUGUUGGGACAAGUCCAUUGUAUACCUUCAGCGUUAUGUUUAGAAAAGCACCUAUAAAUGAAAAUGAAGACAUUCUUGGAGCAUUAUCACUUGUUCUGUACACCUUAUUCUUGAUUCCUCUCGUGAAGUAUGUCCUGGUUGUUUUGUGGGCCAAUGAUGAUGGUGAAGGUGGUACUUUUGCUUUGUACUCUUUAAUCUGUCGUCAUGCUAAGGUGAGUCUUUUGCCAAAUCAGUUACCGUCUGAUGCCCGCAUAUCAAGCUUUAGGCUGAAGGUUCCGUCCCCUGAGCUUGAAAGGUCUUUAAAAAUCAAGGAAAGACUGGAGACUUCACUGACUCUAAAGAAGAUUCUACUUGUGUUAGUGCUUGCUGGUACUUCUAUGGUGAUAGCUAAUGGGGUUGUUACACCAGCUAUGUCAGUACUUUCGUCUGUUGGAGGAUUGAAAGUUGGGGUGGAUGCGAUUGAACAUGAUGAAGUGGUGAUGAUUUCUGUGGCCUGCCUCAUCGUUUUGUUCAGUGUACAGAAAUAUGGAACAAGUAAAGUGGGCCUUGCUGUAGGACCUGCUUUAUUCAUAUGGUUUUGUUCCCUUGCGGGCAUUGGGAUGUACAAUCUUCUCAAAUAUGAUACCACUGUCUUGAGGGCAUUUAAUCCAAUUCAUAUUUAUUACUUCUUCAAGAGGAAUUCUACUAAAGCAUGGUAUUCUCUUGGGGGUUGUCUUCUUUGUGCUACUGGUUCUGAGGCCAUGUUUGCAGAUCUUUGCUAUUUCUCUGUGCGAUCAGUUCAGCUUUCUUUUGUCUUUCUUGUUUUGCCAUGCCUAGUAUUGGGUUAUUUGGGUCAAGCAGCAUACCUUAUGGAAAACCAUGCUGAUGCUGGUCGAGCCUUUUUUUCCUCUGUUCCAAGUGGUGUGUUCUGGCCUGUUUUUUUCAUUGCUAAUAUUGCUGCACUAAUUGCAAGCCGUGCUAUGACAACAGCCACUUUUUCAUGCAUAAAGCAAUCAACUGCACUUGGCUGUUUCCCUCGUCUUAAAAUCAUUCACACUUCGCGCAAAUUUAUGGGCCAGAUCUAUAUCCCUGUCAUAAACUGGUUUCUUUUGGCUGUUUCGCUAGUGUUUGUCUACUCUAUAUCCAAUAUUGACGAGAUUGGGAAUGCAUAUGGCAUUGCUGAGAUCGGGGUGAUGAUGAUGACAACUAUUUUGGUAACCCUUGUUAUGCUUCUUAUAUGGCAGAUCCACAUCAUCAUAGUUUUGAGUUUUGUGGUAGUGUUCUUGGGAUUGGAAUUGACUUUCUUUUCAUCAGUUUUGUGGAGUGUGGGAGACGGAAGUUGGAUAAUAUUGGUCUUUGGCAUAAUAAUGUUUCUUAUCAUGUAUAUAUGGAAUUACGGGAGCAAGCUCAAGUAUGAAACCGAAGUCAAGCAAAAGCUGUCAAUGGAUCUAAUGCGAGAAUUGGGUUGCAAUCUUGGGACAAUUCGAGCUCCUGGGAUAGGUUUAUUGUAUAACGAGUUGGUUAAAGGAAUUCCAGCAAUUCUUGGUCAUUUCCUGACUACACUUCCAGCAAUACACUCCAUGAUUAUAUUUGUAUGCAUCAAAUAUGUUCCUGUUCCUGUGGUGCCUCAAAGUGAAAGGUUCCUUUUCCGGCGGGUCUGCCAUAAAAGCUACCAUAUAUUUCGUUGUAUUGCCAGAUAUGGUUAUAAAGAUGUUCGCAAAGAAAAUCACCAGGCCUUUGAGCAGCUGCUAAUAGAGAGCCUGGAGAAGUUCAUACGUCGAGAGGCUCAAGAGCGAUCACUGGAAAGUGAUGGGGAUGAUGAUUCAGAUGCAGAGGAAGAGAAUUCUGUUUCAAGAGUUCUCGUAGCUCCCAAUGGGAGUGUCUACUCACUUGGUGUUCCUCUUUUGGCUGAUUUCCAGGAUACACACAACUCCAUGGUAGAUGCAAGCACAUCAGAUGAGGUUAACCUGGCAUCGUCAAGCCCCCCAGUGUUUGAUGCUGAGCAAAGUCUUGAAAGAGAGCUGUCUUUUAUACGGAAAGCAAAAGAAUCCGGGGUUGUUUAUCUUCUGGGGCAUGGGGAUAUAAGGGCAAGGAAGGAUUCCUGGUUUAUAAAGAAGCUGGUUAUUAAUUAUUUUUAUGCUUUCUUGAGAAAGAACUGCAGGAGGGGGAUCACAACUUUAAGCGUACCCCACUCAAAUCUGAUGCAGGUUGGCAUGACUUACAUGGUUUGA